UUCCCUGUUCUUCCCCGCCGUUCGCUCCUCGCUUUCUUUCCAGUUCCGGCCGCGAGGAGCUUAGUUUGUGGUUGGAGGCCUAGUUCAGCGCGUGGCGCAGGCGCAGCGCGAGAGGCGCGCGCGGCGGCCAGUCCUCGGCUGUCCCACUUUUUGUCCCUGUCCUUGGCCCCCUCGCUGACAGUCCCGCGUCUCCCUCACGCCCUCCUCACCGUCCUCGUCGCGCGCCUUGGCUAGGCGCCGGCCCUGGUCACUCGGCACAUAAGCCCGCCAGAGAGCGAGGCCAACGGCCGCGACCGCUUCCAGCAACUUGACCACCUCCGCUCGGGUCCCAGCCCCUCUCAGACCGUGCCAUGGGUGACAGUGACGAUGAAUAUGAUCGAAGGCGCAGGGACAAGUUCAGAAGAGAGCGCAGCGACUACGACCGAUCCCGUGAGAGAGAUGAAAGACGUCGAGGAGACGAUUGGAAUGACCGAGAGUGGGAUCGUGGCCGAGAGCGCCGCAGUCGGGGUGAAUAUCGUGACUAUGACCGGAAUCGGCGGGAACGCUUCUCUCCACCGCGCCAUGAACUCAGCCCUCCACAGAAGCGCAUGAGGAGAGACUGGGAUGAGCACAGCUCUGACCCAUACCACAGUGGCUAUGAGAUGCCCUAUGCUGGGGGGGGUGGGGGCCCAACUUAUGGCCCCCCUCAGCCCUGGGGCCACCCUGACGUCCACAUCAUGCAGCACCAUGUACUGCCUAUCCAGGCCAGGACAGAGGCGGUGAAGCGGUACAAUGACUACAAGCUAGAUUUUCGAAGGCAGCAGAUGCAGGAUUUCUUCCUGGCUCAUAAAGAUGAGGAGUGGUUUCGGUCUAAGUACCACCCAGAUGAGGUGGGGAAGCGUCGGCAGGAGGCCCGGGGGGCCCUGCAAAACCGGCUGAGGGUAUUUCUAUCCCUUAUGGAAAGUGGCUGGUUUGAUAAUCUUCUUCUGGACAUAGACAAAGCUGAUGGCAUUGUCAAGAUGCUGGAUGCAGCUGUGAUUAAGAUGGAAGGAGGCACAGAAAAUGAUCUACGUAUCCUAGAGCAAGAGGAGGAGGAGGAACAGGCAGGAAAACCUGGGGAGCCCAGCAAGAAAGAGGAAGGCCGGGUUGGACCAGGCCUGGGAGAUGGCGAGCGCAAGGCCAAUGACAAAGACGACAAGAAAGAAGAUGGCAAACAGGCUGAAAAUGACAGUUCUAAUGAUGACAAAACUAAGAAAUCUGAGGGUGAUGGAGACAAGGAAGAGAAGAAAGAAGACUCUGAGAAAGAAGCUAAAAAGAGUAGCAAGAAGCGGAAUAGGAAACACAGUGGUGAUGACAGCUUUGAUGAAGGCAGUGUGUCUGAGUCUGAGUCUGAGUCUGAGAGUGGCCAAGCUGAGGAGGAGAAAGAGGAGGCUGAAGAAGCACACAAGGAAAAGGAAAAGCCCAAGGAAGAAGAAAGAGAGAAGCCCAAGGACACUGCAGGGCCGGAAUGUAAGCCCCGGCCCUUGCAUAAGACUUGCUCUCUCUUCAUGCGCAAUAUCGCACCUAACAUCUCCCGGGCUGAGAUCAUUUCUCUUUGUAAAAGAUACCCAGGCUUUAUGCGUGUGGCACUAUCGGAGCCCCAGCCUGAGAGGAGGUUUUUCCGUCGUGGCUGGGUAACCUUCGACCGCAGUGUUAACAUUAAAGAGAUCUGUUGGAACCUGCAGAAUAUCCGACUUCGGGAAUGUGAGCUGAGCCCUGGUGUGAAUAGAGACUUGACCCGUCGUGUCCGCAACAUCAAUGGCAUUACGCAACACAAGCAGAUCGUGCGCAAUGACAUCAAGCUAGCAGCCAAGCUAAUCCACACGCUGGAUGACAGGACCCAGCUCUGGGCCUCUGAGCCUGGGACACCUCCUCUGCCAACAAGUCUGCCCUCACAAAACCCAAUCUUGAAGAAUAUCACUGACUACCUGAUCGAGGAAGUAAGUGCUGAGGAAGAGGAGCUGCUGGGGAGCAGUGGGGGAGCCCCCCCUGAGGAGCCACCCAAGGAAGGGAACCCAGCAGAGAUCAACGUGGAGCGGGAUGAAAAACUGAUCAAGGUUUUAGACAAACUCCUUCUCUAUUUGCGCAUUGUGCAUUCCCUGGAUUAUUAUAACACCUGCGAGUACCCUAAUGAGGAUGAAAUGCCUAAUCGUUGUGGCAUCAUCCAUGUUCGGGGGCCCAUGCCUCCCAACCGUAUCAGUCAUGGAGAGGUGCUGGAGUGGCAAAAGACGUUCGAGGAGAAGCUGACUCCAUUGCUGAGUGUGCGGGAAUCUCUCUCAGAGGAAGAAGCCCAGAAAAUGGGGCGGAAAGACCCUGAACAGGAAGUGGAAAAGUUUGUCACUUCUAACACCCAGGAACUGGGCAAGGAUAAGUGGCUUUGUCCUCUCAGUGGCAAGAAAUUCAAGGGUCCUGAGUUUGUACGCAAACAUAUCUUCAACAAGCAUGCAGAGAAGAUUGAGGAAGUAAAGAAGGAGGUGGCAUUUUUCAACAACUUCCUCACUGAUGCUAAGCGCCCGGCUCUGCCUGAGAUCAAGCCAGCUCAGCCACCUGGCCCUGCCCAGAGCCUGACCCCGGGACUCCCCUACCCACACCAGACUCCCCAGGGCCUGAUGCCCUAUGGUCAGCCCCGGCCCCCCAUCUUGGGCUAUGGAGCUGGUGCUGUCCGCCCCGCAGUCCCCACUGGCGGGCCUCCAUAUCCCCAUGCUCCGUAUGGUGCUGGCCGGGGGAACUAUGAUGCCUUUCGAGGCCAGGGAGGUUAUCCUGGGAAACCUCGCAGCAGGUUGGUUCGUGGAGACCCAAGGGCCAUUGUUGAAUAUCGUGACCUGGAUGCUCCAGAUGAUGUUGAUUUCUUUUGAGCCACCCACUUUCCCCACUCUUGGUGUCAUCUAUAUGUGACUGCCUUGUCCCAUCCAGCUCUGAGAAUUUUUGUAUGUUCAGCCUUACUGCCAAUAGAAGCACUUCCACAGUGAA